AUGACUAAAUAUCGUAUCGGCGUCGACGUCGGCGGCACAAAUACCGACGCUGCGAUCAUCGAUAUCCUCGCUAUUGACUCUCCCUCACGCGGUGUCUGCGCUUCCACGAAAACUCCAACAACCCCGGACGUGACGUCUGGUAUAUAUACCGCAAUUCAGGAUGCACUGGAGCAGUCCCAUGUCGAUAGGCAGGAUGUUGUUAGUGUCGCGAUCGGCACAACGCAUUUCGUCAAUGCGGUGGUUCAAGCAGACCCGAGUCGACUGAGUAAAGUCGCUGUCGUGCGGCUUUGUGGUCCCUUUACGAGACAGGUGCCCCCCUUUGCAGAGUUUCCGUCCGAUUUAAAGGAUAUCAUGGGUGGUCCGGUGUUUUACUUGGAUGGUGGCCUUGAAAUCGACGGGCGCGAAAUCGCACCAUUGAAGAAAGAUCAGAUUAAAGCUACUGUGAAGAGUAUUCAAGAUGCAGGCAUCAAGAUGGUAGCUCUUCUGGGCGUGUUUUCGCCAUUAGAUCACGAUGGGAUUCACGAAGAGACCUGUAAAAGGUUCAUGCUCGGCUUUGACCCCUCGCUAUCCAUCGUCUGUUCGCAUUCUAUCGGUCGCAUCGGUUACUUGGAGAGGGAAAACGCAACUAUCCUCAAUGCCUCCAUUCUUGGCUUCGCCAGGAAAACGGUCAGAGCCUUUUGUAGCGCAGUGGUCAAACUACAACUGCGUUGUCCGUUAUAUCUUACCCAAAAUGAUGGCACCUUGACUGAUGCAGGUACGGCGGCUGAAUUGCCCAUCAAGACCUUCGCCAGUGGACCGACGAAUAGUAUGACUGGUGCUGCCUUUCUUGCUAACUUGGAUCGGGGUGGUGGUCCGAAACAAUCGGAUCAGCAGGUUCUGGUCGUUGAUAUCGGUGGGACAACUACUGACCUCUGCGCGCUGCUUCCAUCUGGAUUUCCACGUCAGGCACCAAACUUCGUGGAGGUUGGAGGCGUGCGGACUGCGUUCUCAAUGCCUGAGGUUCUAUCGGUUGGGCUUGGUGGUGGUAGUCGUAUAGCUGUGGAUGAACAGACUGGGGUCGUCAGUGUUGGGCCAGAGUCUGUGGGCCAUUAUCUCACUAGCCGCGCCAUGGUAUUUGGUGGUGAUGUGAUGACUGCGACAGAUAUCGUUACAGCAUCUGGAAAGGCUGAUAUUGGGGAUCACAAGAAGGUAGAACAUGUUCCUGCGGAGGUUGUCACCAAGGCCCGCCAACAGAUUCGGAAAGUCCUGGAACGUGCUAUUGAUGGUAUGAAGAUCUCCGACCAGCCGGUUGUGUUGCUGCUCGUGGGUGGUGGUUCGGUCAUUCAUAUGGAUGCUUUGAACGGUGUCGCCGAGUGCAUCAUCCCGCCGCAUCAUGACUCUGCGAAUGCUGUUGGAGCGGCUAUUGCUAAGGUAGCCGGAGAGAUAGACGUGAUUGAGCUACUAGAGGGUCGUGAUGAGAAGCAGGUGCUCGAAGCAGCGAAACAACGGGCUAUAGAUGCAGCUGUUGCCCGUGGAGCAGAAAAAGAAGGGGUCAGGAUCGCUACAAUCGAGAAGAUCCCUCUUACCUAUGCUACAAAUAAGGCGACACGGCUAGUAAUCAAGGCGAUUGGGAAUCUUACCCCCCCAAGUAUUGAUAGCCAGGUGGUACCACAGUCCCAGGUCUUCCAGGAGAGUAUAAACGACGAUCUCGACGCAAACGAUGAUGAACCUAGUAACAUCAAUUCACCGCGCGAGACACCCCAUUUCGAUGCGAAGCCAUCACUCCAGGUCGAUCUGGAUAGAUACCGACCCGAUGUCCGCAACAACACAUGGUUCAUAUCCCCCGUCGACCUAGAGUUUAUGGCCGCCGGCACAGGAGUCCUGGGAACAGGCGGCGGUGGUCCUUCUCGAAUACAGUACCUCCAUUGCCUCCAAUUUCUGCAAGGUCCGGGAUACACAGGAAACAUGCGCGUCGUCAAGGCUGCCAGCUUGAGGGACUCGGAUGUUUGCGUCACGGGCUCGUGGUUCGGUGCCCCUAGCGUCUCGAGUGAGCGUCUCUCAGCAGGGACUGAAUUGGCCUUAGCCAUUGAAAGCUGCGCGAACGUUACCGGCAAGAAGGACUUUCAUGCCAUUGUGACAGACGAAAUCGGAGGCGGGAAUGGUUUAUCGGCAUUCCCAUCCAGCGUGAUGUACGAUAUUCCGGUGGUGGAUGGGGACUUGAUGGGGAGGGCAUACCCGACGCUAGAGCAUUGUACGCCAUACGUCUACGGACUCUCCUCCACUCCCUGCGCCGUCGCAGACGGAAGAGGGAAUGUAUCUAUCAUUCUACACGCCGAAAGCAACCGCCGCGCCGAGACAAUGGCACGAAGCCAAUGUGUCGACCUGGGAAAUAAGGUCGCCCUAUCGACUGCACCACUCACAGGCGCGCAGACCAAGAAAUACAUCAUACCAAACACUAUCUCUCAGGUGUGGUACAUCGGGAGGGCUGUGUAUCGUGCUCGGCAAUCAAAGACGGACAUGAUUCAAGCUAUUUUUGAUACCUCGCCCGGCAAAAUCCUCUACACUGGCAAGAUCAUUGACGUCAAACGGGAUGUUAGCCGCGGCUAUACAAUGGGCUAUUGUCUGCUUGCGCCUCUGAGUAGUGACGAGCGAGAGACUACUCUUUCUUCUACUUGUAGUGAUGGUAUGGAAGAGAAUCACUACUUAGUUAUUCCCUUCCAGAAUGAGUUUCUUUAUGCCGCUUACACAGAUCCCGAUGCUCCAGAGGAGGUAUCCAAACAGGAAAUUAUCUGCACUGUCCCCGAUUUAAUUUCGAUACUAGGACAGGAUGGUGAGGCGAUUGGAUCGCAGGAACUCCGAUAUGGUCUCAAAGUUAAUGUGAUUGCUAUGGCAGCGCAUCCGUUGUGGACGACAAAAGAAGGACUGGGUAUUGGGGGUCCGAAGGGAUUUGGAUUGGAUAUGGAGUGGACGAAGUUGGGGGAGUACUGGGAGCCGAGGAGUGUGAUUGAGGAGUUCAAUAGAGUUGAGUAG